CUUCUUCCGGUGUGAAGAGCAGGGCUUUCUCCCCCCCUCCAUUUCCCGGGCUUGGCGCUGGAGCAAGACUCAGAGACGCCCGCGAAGCGAUCCUCUUGCUGCCACUAUGGCCCAGCCGGGACGGCCCGCAUAUAAUAGCAUUACUAGAGCCGGGCAGCCGCCGCCGCCGCAGCCGUAUAGCAAUGGUCCUGUGCCAGGCUCAUUGAUGAAUUCAUCACACUUAUCAGAUGGACAGGGACAUAAUUCUUUGAUCCCAAGCAUGUAUAAUCAGCAAAUUGCAACAAAGAAUCCUCUGCAUGCCACCUCCGGACAAUAUAGCCAUGGUACAUCUUGGAAUAUACCUUCUGGUCAGACUCUUAAUAGAAUCCCAAUGGAGUCUUCUUUGACAUCAUCACAGCCAAGUCCUGUUGCCCAAAUGCCUUCUUUGUUGCAGAACUCAACUGCUAUAUCAACUUCUGAUGGUAGUUUUUAUUCUGGAAAUAAUCUCUCAGCUAAUUCAAACUGGCAAUAUGUGCAGAAUCCUUUGACUCAACCUAAUGUAGGUUCUCAACCGAAUCAUUUUGCUCACACGGUAACUUCACCAUUGUUGCCAUCAGGGAAUACAAAUUUGCCCACAAACUAUCAUUAUGUUUCUUCUGCUGGAGGUCCUCCAGUUCAAAACACCUAUACAAGGCAAGUUCCACCUCCUUUAGGACCUUCUGCAGUUGGAAGUCCAGUUUAUACACAUCCCUCUGCUCCCCCAUUAGCUCCUCCCCCAGUAAGCACUGCAUCCCAGGCUCUACAGAACUCAGCAAGUAUGCAAGAAGGUGAUACUACAUGCUCCGCUAAUGAUGGGCUAUCAGUCCAGAAUAAUUAUGAUGCAAUAGAAGGAGGUGGUUUCCUGGCAACUCCACAUGCUCCUGCUCCUCAAAAUAUUAAAGUGAACAAACAUGUUGGGACUGCUUAUCCCAGCUUGCCCCCAGGCUACCAAAAUGCUUCUCCACCUGGAGGACCAAGAAUGCAGUAUCCAGGAGGACCUCAACAAUUCCCUCAGUCUGGCUUGGGAGCAAAUACCUUAGCUGCAUCUAUGGGUGGACUAAGUCUUCAGCCUGAAGGAUUAAGACCUAUCAACCUUCUUCAAGAAAGAAAUAUUCUUCCUGCAACCCCCUUGCAAGCACCCAUUCCCAAUGUGCAUGAAGAUAUUCAGAAGCUCAACUGCAAUCCCGAGUUGUUCCGGUGUACCUUGACUAACAUUCCUCAGACUCAGGCCUUACUGAAUAAAGCCAAACUUCCCCUGGGGCUUCUGCUUCACCCUUUCAAAGAUUUAUCGCAAUUGCCUGUAGUAACUUCUAGUACAAUUGUGAGAUGUCGCAGCUGUAGAACGUAUAUCAAUCCUUUUGUCAGCUUCCUUGAUCAAAGGAGAUGGAAAUGCAACUUGUGCCACAGAGUGAAUGAUGUUCCUGAAGAGUUUAUGUAUAAUCCUGUGACAAGAGUUUAUGGAGAACCUCAUAAAAGACCUGAAGUUCAAAAUGCCACUAUUGAGUUUAUGGCUCCUUCUGAAUACAUGCUACGUCCACCUCAGCCUCCUGUGUACCUCUUUGUAUUUGAUGUGUCACAUAAUGCAAUAGAAACAGGAUACUUAGAGACUGUCUGCAAGACUUUGUUGGACAAUCUAGAUCUACUCCCAGGGAACACUAGAACAAAAAUAGGCUUCAUAACAUUUGACAGCACAAUCCAUUUCUAUAGCCUCCAGGAAGGUCUCUCACAGCCUCAAAUGUUAAUCAUUUCAGAUAUUGAAGAUGUGUUUAUACCCAUGCCGGAAAACUUAUUAGUAAAUUUAAACGAAAGCAAAGAGCUGAUUCAAGAUUUAUUGAGAACUUUGCCUCAGAUGUUUAUUAAAUCUUUGGAAACCCAAAGUGCUUUGGGACCUGCAUUACAGGCUGCUUUUAAACUUAUGUCACCUACUGGGGGUCGGAUUACUGUCUUCCAAACUCAGCUUCCAUCUUUAGGAGCAGGUGUCCUCAAACCACGGGAAGAGCCUAACCAAAAAGCAUCCACAAAGGAUGUUCCUUUGACACCAUCUACUGACUUCUAUAAAAAAUUGGCCUUGGAUUGCUCAGGACAGCAAGUUGCAGUUGACUUGUUUCUUCUUAGUGGGCAGUACUCUGACUUGGCUUCAUUAGGAUGCAUAUCAAGGUAUUCUGCUGGUAGUGUCUAUUAUUAUCAAUCUUACCAUCAUCAACACAAUCCUCCUUUGGUGGAAAAAUUACAGAAAGAACUAAAGCGAUAUUUAACUAGGAAGAUUGGCUUUGAAGCUGUCAUGAGGAUAAGAUGUACCAAAGGCCUUUCAAUUCACACCUUCCAUGGCAACUUCUUUGUACGGUCAACUGAUCUAUUGUCUCUACCAAACGUGAAUCCUGAUGCAGGAUAUGCUGUCCAAAUGUCUGUAGAGGAGAGCUUGACAGAUAUGCAGGUGGUCUGUUUUCAGUCAGCCCUCCUAUAUACAUCUAGUAAAGGUGAAAGAAGAAUUCGUGUCCACACACUGUGUUUACCAGUUGUAAGCCAAUUGAGUGAUGUUUAUUUAGGAGCUGAUGUACAAGCUAUUACAGGCCUUUUAGCCAAUAUGGCUGUUGAUCGGUCAGUUUCUGCAAGUUUGAAUGAUGCUCGAGAUGCAUUGGUGAAUGCUGUAAUAGAUUCUCUUUCUGCAUAUCGCUCAUCUGUUCUAACCAUUCAGCAACCAGGUCUUAUGGCCCCUGCAUCAUUGCGUCUGUUUCCAUUGUUUAUCCUGGCUCUCUUAAAACAGAAAGCAUUCCAAAGUAAAACAAAUACCCGUUUAGAUGAACGCAUCUUUACAAUGUGUCAAGUGAAAAGGCAGCCAUUAGUGUACCUCAUGCUUAUUAUGCAUCCCAAUCUGUAUAGAAUUGACAAUCUCACAGAUGAGGGAGCCCUCAACAUUGGUGAAAGAACAAUACCUCAGCCACCCAUUCUUCAGCUGUCUGUAGAGAAGCUAAAUCGGGAUGGUGCUUUUCUUAUGGAUGCUGGCUCUGUAAUGUUCUUAUGGGUUGGCAAGAAUUGUGGACAAAACUUUAUAACCCAAGUACUUGGAGCCCCAAACUAUGCAUCAAUACCACACAAUAUGACGCAUCUUCCAGAAUUGAACACAGCUGAAUCUUGUAGAGUGCAUGCUUUUAUUUUCUGGCUAAGGGAGCAAAGGCCUUUCUUUCCCAUAUUAUAUAUUCUAAGGGAUGAGAGUCCAUGGAAACCAAGUUUCCUACAAAAUAUGAUAGAAGACAGAACAGAAUCUGCAUUAUCAUAUUAUGAAUUUCUUUUGCAUAUUCAGCAAAAAAUGAAUAAAUGAGCUCUUUUUUUAAAUAGUUCAUCUGCUCAAAGGAAUGUACCUCCGUGCAGAACUCUUAUUCCUGUAAUGCUCCUAUAAGUUGUUGGCCUGGUGCAGUUGAUGAAAAUCUCACUGUGAUUCCCCCCUCUUCUCCCCCCCCCCAAAAAAGGAAAAAGAAAAGCAAAUAAAGGGCCGUGGAAUCAUUAAGUACACUAUUGUGUAGUUGUACAUUAAAACUUUAAAAUAAAUUUGAAUAUGUUGGACACCUUUAAUUUACUGCAAAAAUGUUUCACAGUAAGUAAUUGUGGUAUACGUUAAAAGGCAAUAUUGGAGAAAUGUUUAUAAACUAACUUUUUUACCUUUCACUUUUAUUUUUCUGCUUUAUGUUUUGCUGCUAGAAUUAAAAACUCCAAGACUCGAGUUUCCAGGAAACUAUAUUGUCUUGAUUAUACAAUACAUUAUUCGUUAAAAGUUGCCUUUUUAAAAGGAACAGUGAAAAGUACAUUGUGAACAAAAUACUUGCAGUUUUAAUGAGCUAAGUUUCCAUUUUUUUUAAACAUUGAUUAUGAUAAGAACAAAAGUAAAAUUGAAGAAGUCUACUUGGGUUUAAGAUGAAUAUCAAAUAAUUCAUUUGAAUACCUUUAGGAUGUAUCAGUAUUCUAUCUAGAUCUUGAAAGGUUAAUGAGAUUACAUUAUAUUCAGUAAGAAUUAAAAUUUAAAAAGAUCUGAUGCAGCUGGAAAAGAUAAUGAACAAUAAUUGAUCCUAGUCUUGGCUGUUAGCAUGAUGUGUUUGGUCUUAAUUCAUUGAAAGUAAAUAGGGGAACAGACAAUAAACCAAAAACCAUUAUUUUCAUAUUUUUUUUAUUAAUUUUUCAGUCACCUUUUUGUAAUGGACUGAGGUUUUGAUAAAAUCCUUACUGGUUAAAUAAUACUUUGGAGGCGUAUUUAAUAGCUUGUUGAGAUCCAGAGGAGCAUCAGAUUUAUUAAUAAUAAUUUUGCUAUUCAAGCAUUUUAAGGCUUUAAUGGGAAAAAUAUAGGCAGGAACCCUGCUCAGUUCAGAAUGUUCGAAUUCUGGACAGUUAUAAAAGAGAAAUCUUAGUUUUAUGGUUUCCUGGAAAUUGCUAUAAUUUAAGUAAUUAGAUUAGAUAACCUUUAUUGUCAUUAAUAAUAUAAGUGUAUUGACAUUUGUAAAAUACAAGGAACUGUGGUGGUAUAUUAUGGCAAUCAUUGGUUUCUACAUUGCCCUUUAUUUCACUCAUUCCCCCUCACCCCCCAAAGAAAAAUUGAAUAGAAUAUUUUCUGCUGCAAAUCCUUCCUGGUGAUUUUGGUGGAAUCAUUUGCAUUGAUUUGUUGGUCAUUACUUUAAUUUAUACAGUUUCACCCAUCUGAAGAAUGGGUAACAGAUUAUAUGUUAAAAAGCCAGUGAAGUUCUUUCUUGAACUAUGGUAUUUAUCAACAGCCAACUGGAAUAGCAAUUACAACAAAUGUUAUAGUAAUACUGUCUGCAUCAUGAUCUAUUUACCGUAUAUGCCAGCGUAUUAGGCGACCCGGCAUAUAAGACGACCCCCGUCUUUAUAGCCGGGCUGCAUUCCUAGAACCUCGUCUUAUACGCCGGAAACUACCAGUAUUUCCGGCGUAUAAGACGACUCGGCGUAUAAGACGACCCCCGUCUUUGGCGCCGAUUUCAGCGCUCGCGGAAGUCAUCUUAUACGCCAGCAUUUACGGUAGUUUGUUGGGGUAUAAAUUCAGUUGCUCAGCAACUGAAAGAAAGGGGAACAUUUCUUUAAAAUGAUUCAGAUAUCUAAAGAACUACCUGCUGACUUCAGGAAUCUUAUAACUGAUUUAAUUUUUUUAAUUUAGUUAUUUUGAAAUGUUUUUUUAAAUAUUGGUAAUCUAAUUCAGAACCAUAUAAUAAUCAUGAUAAGAUGUGCACUUGUAAGUUAUGGAAAUCAAUCGGGUGCUUUAAGGUACAAUAUAUGGUGGAGAAUUAAUUAGCUCUUCUCCCAAAAAAUAUAGACAAAUGUUUGUGUAAAAGCCAGCUUUCUAGAAAGAAGGUAUAGGCAAAGAUUAGAUCUAGAGAAGUAUGUAUCUAGCACCUCAUGCUGGCUGUGGGUUCCUCUUUGCUUCAGACAUUCAAGUUGGAGCAGAGAAUUGAUGUGAUCAGAUUCUGUAGAACUUGAAUGGUAAAAUCCUUACGAGCAGCACCAUGCCUAACUUUUCUGUAUAAAUCUUCUGCAUGGAGAGGAGGGAAAGGCAUGGUAUAGGCACAUUUAUUUUACUUCAUGUAAAAUAAAGAUAAUGGACUUUGAAUGAAUUAUGGAACCCAAUAAACAUAUUUCAAGAAUACAUCCCUAACUCUAAAAAUGUUACCUGUGAGCAUAUUAUGCUCUUUGGAUAGAAUACUGUUUAGAAAGUUCAUGCACUUUGAAAUAGAAGUGAAUUUUCUAACUCUUUCUGAGGAGAAAAUUGAUACCUUCCUCAACUUCUUAAGAAAUCCAGGGCAGACCCAUGUAUAAAUGUUAAAUCACAAUUUAUAUGUUUUAGGUUCUUUAAUAACAUAAGUAAGCAAGAGUAGCCUUGAUGGUCCCAUCUCAGCAUGGCAUUCACCAGCAGAUGUUCUCUAUUUUUCUAGUUCAAGAUUUUAAAUAAUUAGUAUGAUUUACCAAUAUUCUAGGUUUGAUCGUGCAACAACAUAUUAGCAUUUUCUGUAAUUUAAUUUGCUUUGAAUAAAUUCUGAUUGUUUUGCAGUAAUGCGGAAAAACUUGUUUAUUCAAGGUUAAUUUAACAGAACAUAUAUAUAUCAUUCAGAAUUUAAGGGACCAUCAAAUGUGACAAGACUUCUCUUCACUAACUACAUAUUAAAUUCUUACAGUAAAUUUGAUUUUGUAAAGUAGUGUAAAAUAUUGUAAUAUUAAUCCUUGUUUUCUGAACUCAGACAUUGAUCUUUAGUGUGCAAUUGUAAACCUUGCUCUUCUGACUUGAAGGCAAAGUUUUACUUGUUCCCCUUUUUACAGUUUGUAAUUUUCACUGUUUUAUUCCUGUAAAAAGUCAUUUGUAACACAUGCAAAUGCUUAUUUUAGCUGUGCUAAUUUAUCAAAUUUGGCUACUCAAUAAAAUUAAUUGAAAGAGCUUGCA